AUGUUUGGGGGCAUCCAGGGCCUCGUAGGCUGGUGGAUGGUCCGCUCGGGUUUCCAAGAGCCACAGACAGAAGUCAAAACCCCCCGGGUUUCUCCUUAUCGUUUAGCUUUUCACUUAGUAAUGGCUGGGGGUUUGUACACCGCCCUGCUGUGGCAGACGCUGACGUUGCUGCUGCCGGCACCAGCAGCAGCAGCAACAGCAGCAACAGCAGCAGCAGCAAUGCUGUGGCAGACGCUGACGUUGCUGCUGCCGGCACCAGCAGCAGCAGCAACAGCAGCAACAGCAGCAACAGCAGCAGCAACAGCAGCAGCAGCAGCAGCAGCAAGAAAAGAUGCUCAUAGCUGGGUUCCCCCUGAGGUGUACGUACAGCCGAUGAGAAUUUGGCGUUUUUUUGAGAACCCCGAAACAGUGCAAUUCAUUCACCGUCUGUUGGCCUACUGCACUUUUGUUUUUUCUUUUAUUCCGCUCCUUAGAUACAAACACAAACCCUUGCCCCCUGCUAUCAAGACAGCGAUGAAGUUUUUGCCGGCGAUGACUUCGCUGCAGCUGCUGCUGGGUAUUUUAACGGUUUGUUAUUAUGUACCCACUGAACUCGGGUUGCUGCAUCAGCAUCAGCAGCAGCAGCAACAGCAGCAGCAGCAACAGCAGCAGCAACAGCAGCAGUAG